UUUUUUAGUUUUUAAAAAAUUUUCCACCAAAAAAUGUUUAAACUCUUGGCAGUUGUAGCGGUACUUUUGGUACCAGGAUUGAUGGCUGAUAUUCAGUCUAUGGUACCCCUACCCGAUGGCCGUAUUGUAGAUGGUGACCCCACCCAUAUUAGCAAAUAUCCCCAUCAAAUUUCUAUGCGUUACAAUGGCAGACAUCGUUGCGGUGGCAGUGUUUAUGCGAGCAAUGUUAUAGUUAGUGCAGCCCAUUGUGUAGCCGGUGGUGUGGAUGCCAGUAAAUUGAGUAUUGUAGCUGGUUCCACAUACUUAAAUAACGUUACCUGGGAAUUACCCGUUAACAAAUAUAUUAUCCAUGAAAAUUACAAGACAUCCAACAACGACUAUGAUGUCGCUAUCUUGACUUUGAAGGGUCAUUUCCCCUUCAAUGAGUUUAUACAACCUAUUGCUUUGGCCAAGUCUAGACCUGAAGCUGGUACUGAGGUAACUGUUACCGGUUGGGGUACUUUGACCGAAGGUGGUAGCAUUCCUAAUCAAUUGCAAGAAGUCCAUAUCAAUUAUGUGGAGAAUAGUGUUUGCAAAAAAUCAUAUCCUUUGCAGUUAACCGAUCGUAUGUUGUGUGCUAGAGUUACUGGUGGUGGUAAGGAUGCCUGUCAAGGAGACUCUGGCGGCCCUUUGAUCCUUAACAAUGAAUUAUUGGGUGUUGUUUCAUGGGGCAUUGGUUGUGCUCGUAAAACUUUCCCAGGUGUAUAUGCUUCAGUGCCCCAACUUUAUCAAUGGAUUGAGGAAACUGCUAAAGUAAAUACUAAAGAAUAUGCCUUUUUGUAAAUAUAAUAAAUUUAUUGUGUAAAAUUUAUAUUAAAAUUU